GCCGCCUGCGCGAUGCUCCGCCUGCGGGAAUCCAUCGUGUCCCAUAUCCUCUCUUCACCCUCCGCCCCGGCCAUAUCCCCGCUCCGCCGCCUCCUCUCCGCCGCCGCGGCCCCCAUUUCUCCGAACCCCGGUGGAUUCGCCGUCGAGGACUACCUCGUCGACACCUGCGGCCUCACCCGGCCCCAGGCGCUCAAGGCCUCCCCGAAGCUCUCCCACCUCAAGUCCCCCGCCAACCCCAACUCCGUCCUCGCCUUCCUCUCCGGCCUCGGCCUCUCCAGCGCCGAUGCCGCCGCCGUCGUCGCCAAAGACCCGCUUUUCCUCUGCGUCGGCGUGGAGAGGACCCUGGGCCCCGUCGUCGACGGGCUCGCCGGCCUCCGCCUGUCGCGUCCCGACAUCGCCCGCCUCGUCUCGCUCGUCCGCAGCAACUUCCGCUGCAGAUCCGUCGUCUCCAAGGUGCACUACUACCUGCCCCUCUUCGGCUCCUUGGACAACCUCCUCCGUGCGGUCCGGCGCUCAUCCUACCUUCUCUCGUCGGACCUGGACAAGGUUAUCAGCCCCAAUGUCGAGUUCCUGCGGGAGUGCGGGCUAGGUGAUUGCGAUAUUGCCAAGCUGUGUUACCGUGUGCCGAGGAUGCUGACCACCAACCCGGAGCGCGUCCGGGCAAUGGCGGCGUGCGCCGAAAGAUUAGGGGUUCCCAGGGGCUCCGGCAUGUUCAGGGAAGCGCUGCACGCCGUCGCAUUCCUCAGUGAGGACAAGAUUGCUGACAAAGUGGAUUAUCUCAAGAAGACCAUCAAGUGGUCCGAUACUGAGGUGGCCAUUGCUCUGUCUAAGGCUCCGGUGUUGCUGAGGAAGUCCAAAGACCUGCUUACGCGCAGGUCUGAGUUCUUGCUAUCCGAACUAGGGUUGGAACCGGCCUACAUUGCUCGUCGGCCGGUGAUACUCUAUUAUAGCCUGGAGGGCCGGCUCAGGCCUCGACACUAUGUUUUAAAGUUUCUCAAGGAAACUGGAUUGGCCGAUCGCGACUGGAGCUUCUAUAAUGUGGUCACGAGGACCGAGAAGGAUUUCGUGGACAAGUACAUAUGCCCUCACAAGGAAGCUGCGCCACACCUCGCUCAAGACUAUGCAACCGCUUGCAAAGGGGAGGUGCCAACUAAUUUCAGAUUUUUACUUGAACCAAAAGUGGGCUGAGGAAAUUGGUUACUAUGUACUAUUGCGCAACAAAGUUUUCACUAUGCAUAGUAAGCUGGUAGUUCCUGUUUUCGGGUUCUUUGCCAAACUAGAUUGUUUGGUUAUUUUCUGUAGUAUG